GAAGAACUGUUAAAAGCUGUUGGAUCUGUAGUGUCUAAAUGCAGUGUGGAGCUCCAAAAGCCUGCAGCCGGUCAACCUACAGUGAGCGAGGUGCUGGAUCUGGUGCUGAAGGAAUGCAAAAAGGAGAGUCUGGUGUAUAAAAUGGCAGCUUUGCGUAGCGCAGCAGACAUCUUGGAGUCAACGCAAGUGGAUCGUUUUCAUGAAGUCGCAGAGAUUGUGCUUCCCCUCAUUAAAAAGAAUCAGCCGGCUAGUGCCAGUUCUCCUAGACAUGAUGAUGACGAUGAUGAUGAUGAUGCUAAAGCUCGAGAAUUACAGACAGAAGUUUUGUUGUGUGCAUAUGAGACGCUUGGAAAGGCCUGGCCUAAAACCAUUCAGACACAGAAUCAGUUCCAGAAUGAGGUUUGUAACUUAAUGUGUGAGAGGCUGAAGUUAAGCACAUGGAGGGUCCAGUUGGGGGGUCCUGCGUGCCAUGAAGGUCUUCUAUCAAGG